AUGGAUACCAUGUUGGGAGCCAGGCUUCAGACCCAGCAGAAUGAGAGGAGCAGACACCAUGGCCAGGAGACUAGCCUGUGGUCCUCAGGCUUUGGGAUGAAGCUAGAGGCUGUCACCCCAUUCCUGGGGAAGUAUCGUCCCUUUGUGGGUCGCUGCUGCCAGACCUGUACCCCCAAGAGCUGGGAGUCCCAUUUCCACAGAAGCAUAAUGGAUCUAGGCUUCUGCGAUGUGAUCUUGGUGAAGGAGGAGAAUACCAGGUUUCGAGGCUGGCUGGUUCGGAGGCUCUGCUAUUUUCUGUGGUCAAUGGAACAGCAUAUACCCCACUGCCCGGAUGUCCCACAGAAGAUCAUGGAAAGCCCUAAGGUACAGAGCAUCAUCUCAGGGAGGGCCCCAGGAGGGGCUGGAGAAGGUCAGUUGCCGAGUCAUGUGAAGAAAGAGGUACAGCGCAUCCUGGACCACAUCCAGGCCCCACCCCGCCCCUUGCUGCUCAGGCUGUUCAGCUGGGUGCUGCUGCGGUUCCUGAACUGCCUCUUCUUGAAUGUGCAGCUCCACAAGGGUCACAUGAAGAUGGUUCACAAGGCCUCCCAGGCGGGCUCGCCGCUCGUCUUCCUCUCCACCCACAAGUCUCUCCUAGAUGGCAUCCUGCUGCCCUUUGUGCUGCUUGCCCAGGGCCUAGGUGUGCUUCGUGUGGCUUGGGAUCCUCACACCUGCUCCCCUGCCCUCAGGGCUCUGCUGAGGAAACUAGGGGCACUCUUCCUGCCUCCAGAAGCCAGCCUCUCCCUGGACAGCUCUGAGGGGGUCCUGGCCAGGGCUGUGGUUCAUGUGGCCAUAGAACAGCUUCUGGUUAGCAGGCAGCCCCUGCUCAUCUUUCUGGAGGAGCCCCCUGGUGUUCGGGGGCCACGGCUGUCAGCCCUAGGCCAGGCGUGGCUGGGAGUGGUGGUGCAGGCAGUCCAAGCAGGCCUUGUCCCAGAUGCUGUGCUGGUGCCAGUGGCUGUCACCUAUGACCUGGUUCCAGAUGCUCUGCCUGACAUACACCAUGCUUCCACCCCACUGGGGCUGUGGACGGGAGUUCUGGGUAUCCUGCGGAGCCUGCGCAAGUGUUGGGGCUGUAGACACCGGGCCUGUGUCCGUGUACACCUGGCCCAGCCCUUCUCCCUGCAGGAAUAUACCAUCAAUGCUAGGAGCUGCUGGGGCAGCAGGCAGACCCUGGAGCAGCUGCUGCAGCCCAUUGUGCUGGGUCAAUGGACUGCUGUCCCAGACACUGAGAAGGAGCAGGAGUGGACCCCAGUAACUGGGCCCCUCCUGGCCCUUAAGGAAGAGGACCAGCUCCUGGUCAAGAGGCUGAGCCGUCAUAUCCUGAAUGCCAGCGUGGCAAGUUCGGCGGUGAUGAGCACAGCCAUUAUGGCGACACUGCUGCUAUUCAAGCACCAAAAGCUCCUGGGGGAGUUCUCGUGGCUGACAGAGGAGACGCUGCUGCGUGGCUUUGACGUGGGCUUCUCAGGGCAGCUGCAGUGCCUUGUGCAGCACACUCUGAGCCUGCUGCGGGCACAUGUGGUACUGCUGCGUGUCCACCAGGGGGACUUGGUGGUGGUGCCAAGGCCUGGCCCAGGCCUUACACACCUGGCACACCUCAGUGCUGAGCUGCUGCCUGCCUUCCUGAGUGAGGCUGUGGGUGCCUGUGCUGUGCGGGGGCUGCUGGCAGGCAGAGUGCCACCUGAGAGGCACUGGGAGCUGCAGGGCGUGGAGCUGCUGAGCCAGAAAGAACUGUAUCGCCAGAUUCUGCUGUUGCUGCACCUGCUGCCACAGGACCUGCUGCUCCUGCAGCCCUGCCAGUCUUCCUACUGCUACUGUCAGGAGGUGCUAGACCGUCUCAUCCAGUGUGGGCUCUUGGUUGCUGAGGAGACUCCAGGCUCCCAUCUGGCCUGUGACACAGGGCGACAAUGUUUGAGUGCAAAGCUGCUGUGGAAACCAAGUGGGGACUUUACUGAUAGUGACAGUGAUGACUUCGAGGAGGCAGAGGGCCGGUACUUCAGGCUCAGCCAGCAGUCACGAUGCCCUGACUUUUUCCUCUUCCUCUGCCGCCUACUCAGCCCGCUGCUCAAGGCCUUUGCACAAGCUGCUGCCUUCCUCUGCCAGGGGCAGUUACCUGAUACAGAGUUGGGCUACUUGGAGCAGCUGUUCCAGUUCUUGCAGGCUACGGCCCAGGAGGAAGGGUUCUUUGAGUGUGUGGACCCAAAACUUGCCACUAGUGCUAUCUGGACCUUCAGAGACUUGGGGGUACUGCAGCAGAAGUCAAGCCCUGCAGGCCCCAUGCUCCACCUGUCCCCAACAUUUGCCAGCCGGGACAAUCAGGAAAAGCUGGAACAGUUCAUCCGGCAGUUCAUCUGUAACUAG